AUGUCACAUGAUGCAUCUCUCUCGUCUGUCAAAGAAGCCAAGAGCUCGCAAGUCGAUGUGAAUGAAAGCGCACACGAAGCGCUUGCUGAGGCUACAUCGACGCAACUUGACUUGCACACCUUGGUCAAGCAUGAAGCUCCUUCCCAGCAGCUCUUACGCUUGUCGGUAAAUCGAGUGACCCAUGCCGUGCCCCCACCUCAUCAUGUCGUAGUCCCAACACCCCCUCCGUCGCAAUAUUGGACAGGAUGGUUACCUGGUUGGUCAGGUCGACCCAAUCCAGCCCCAGCCUCUGGAGCCGCUCUGGAGUCUUCGCACGGACCGGUGCUACAGUAUCAUAGCCAAGACAGCACUUCAAAGCUGAUCAGACUUCCCUCCAAGAACGAUCAAAAUGCUGCUGCUGCGAACGCAACCUCUCCGAAAAAGGAGGCUCCUCGCACCAUAGGCUUCCGGAAUCCUUGGCCUUCGUGGCACAAACCGACGCUACCGGAGCUCUGGGCAGGUCUGGACUGGGGUAGUCCAAGUCAAUCGGAGAGUACAAAAUCAUCUUCAAGCACUGAUCUGCAAGGUGGAAGAGGGGAUAGGGGCGGUGGAGAGCUGCCUGAGCCCCACACGGCUGACCACGUGCCCUUACGAGUGGUGCAGCCAACCUUCACUCAACCGGCUGCUGAGACGGGCAGUGCAGCUUCAAGCGACGCACAGCAGAGCGAACAGCGCGUUGGGGCUACCUGGCUCGGCCAUGCCGGGGUCCUGCUGCAGAUGCCAAGCUUGAGCAAAAAGGAGGAUCUCAGAGAGGGAGCGACAGCACGCGUCGAGCAAGAUCCUGUCAGAUUGCUCUUUGAUCCGAUUUUCUCUGAGAGGUGAGUGGGCGCAGCUUCUAUGGCCAAGGGGCGGUUCCAAGUGGAGUCGACGCUCAGAAAGACCAGUUGCAGCGAAUGCAUGGAAGGACGCAGCAGCAGCCUCAAGUGACCUAACAUGUGGAUCACAGCUGACAGGCUUCCCACUUUGCAGGUGUUCUCCCACGCAGUACUUUGGCCCCGCUCGAGCUUAUGCGUCUCCCUGUGAAGUCAAAGACCUCCCCCGUAUAGAUGCUGUGCUAAUUUCUCAUUCUCACUACGAUCAUCUCGACUUGGCGACCAUCACUGAGCUGUGGCAUCACAACAAGAGACGCAUACGAUUCUUCGUGCCCCUCGGUCUUAAAGAUUGGUUUGUUGGCACGGCUUCGAAGGACGGGGGCGAUCAACAUGCUGGAGCUCUGGGCAUCCCGCCUGAUCGCAUAGAGGAGCUGGAUUGGUGGGACUCCGUCACCCUCACAGCUGGACCCAGCUCAGCUGCUUCUUUUGGAACAGAUGACUCGAGCCUGAACGAGAAUCACGUCAAGAUCACUUGCACGCCGGCCCAACACGGUUCGGGCAGGUAUGGAUUGGACGCGGGGACCAGCUUGUGGGCGAGCUGGUUCGUUGAGCACGCUCAGCGCGACGACUCAGUGCGAGCCAAGCGAGGUCCUGGCGAUGGGGAGGGGGACCAAUCCUACAAAGUGUUCUUUGGAGGUGAUACAGGAUUGCAAUUUCAUGGCGCGGAGGGCCCAAAAGAAAGCUUCUUGAGGCGCAAACGCGCGGUCAAAGCGCGCAGAAGAGAUCAUACGGCGGAGGGUGGAGCGCGGAAAAUGUCCAAACCGAUACUUCAAGAGCUCGAAAGUGAGCCUCUGUCUGAGGCGUCCGCGAGUUCAUCAAGCUCCUCUUUGUCAGCAUCCACACUCGACACGAAAGGCGCAUCACCUCCAGAAAUGCAGUAUCCUCCUUGUCCGACAUUCACUGAGAUUGCUCUGCGGUUGGGCUCUCCCGAUCUACUCUUUCUGCCAAUCAGCGUAGGCGCGACGCUUUCUUUCCUCAAGUCGUACGAUCCAUUAGCUUCCUGGACGUCACCAAAGGCAUCUUCGACUCGUGGUGACGAUUCUCAGACAGAGGCACAAGGCUGGGUCUUGUUUCCCAACAUCAGUCCAGGGCUCACCAGCGCGAAUCACAUGGGCCCCUGGGACGCUUGUAGAGUGCUCAAGAUGAUGCAAAAUCCAAAUGUGCCGGACGCAGAAUUCCUUGAUGGCGACGUUCAUGCGCACGGGGAUAGCCGCAUCAUUGCCAACAGCUCUGGAAACAGAGCUGCUGCAACCUCGGCUAGGCGAGCAGCUCCACUGGCACUGGCCAUCCACUGGGGUACCUUCGUUUCGGGCGAGGCAGAGGCUCACUCUACCAUGCAAGAUCUGAAAGAAGCCUGCUCAGAGCAAAGUGUCGUCUUUUCUAGGAAUGCCAACGGCGCCGCACUGCAGAAGUCAAGCUCCGCCCAGGAUGCAACGUCUAAUGGCAGGUCUGCGGCACCGGAAUUCACCGUCGUCGAUCACGGCCACACUAUGUGGCUUGACAGAUGA